UAGUUAUAUUGCACGGCAACAGAAGCAGAGUGGCUGAAAUACCAGUUAGGCUGCUUCUUCGCCCUUGGUCUCUCUCUUUGAAGCAAGCAACAAUGGCGCUUCCAUCCGCAUUCCAGGAACGGCUCCACCACAUGGACCGCACUCGAUGUGAACGCCUCUCUCUCCUCCAGGCGGAGAAAGAGUUGCAAGCAAACAAGUCUCGCGUUUUGGCCUCCAAGCUCGCCAACAUCAGAGCCACCGAACAGAGAUGCUUCCUUCUCGAUAACAAAAUUGCUUCCCAGAACUUCAACCUUCUCUCUCUCACUUCUCAAAUCCACAAUCUCGAAGCCAAAUACGAUUCCCUCUCCCAAAUGUUCAGGUCGAUUCAGAACGAGGUGGAUGAGCUUGAGGAGUUGCGGGAAAAGAGGGAUAGGUUUUACGAAGCUAAGAUGGUGGAAAUGAAGCAAUUCAAGGAGGUUGCUGACGAGUUUGUGGUGAAAUGUCGAAGGGACGUUCAGGGUUUGAGGAAUAGAGUAAAUGAGUUGAGGUCAUCUUUCAUUGAACUGAAAGGUAACAACCAGAAUUCAUGUAAUUCGGAGAUAGCUAUGGCAGAAAAGAGAAGGUUGGAACUGCAGGCUGAAAAGGAGUGUGUUUAUAGAAACUUGGCCUCUAAUCAGCAAAUAAAAGCACAGUUGCAAAAGCAGCUUCAGAAUAUUUUGAUUAAACAGACUCAAGAGAAGAGAAAGUGAAUAGACCUAGAAUUUGUUACUACCUAGCUAACUUUGAUCAUCAGCUACACGUUGGAUCUCCCUGUGGACACUAUUGUUUGCUGUGAUCGGAGGAUGCUUCUUGGGGACUCACCACCUCAUUCUAUACAAAAAGGGACAAGAAUCAUGGCUUGCCAAGAUUGUUAAUUGUAAAGAAAUGCAGUAAGCCAGUAAAUAUCAGUUUUGUAACAAAACACAAUCUACAUCUGAUGGUAUAUUUCGCAUUUUAGAAACAGAAUUUCAUGAUCAAAACCUAUAAAAGGAAA